AGAUCAAGCUGCAAGCCACUCCGCUCUCAUCUCCAAAUCUGACUCACAACACCCACUGAGAGCUUUUGGUCCGACCAGCCCAGGACAAGUGUAUCAUCACCCCGUGGGCAACUCCGCGACCACAGCAUGCCAUGAGCGACACUCCCCGGCUUCGCUCUGCGUUUCCUCAAACGCCCCGGACAACGCAGAAAACGAGGAAUUUGAACCAUUCGCCUUUGAAGUUUAAGCCCCGCGAUGUUCCGCCUCCGAAAUCUCUUUCAACGGCACCCCCCUCCGCCAACCAAGAUGGCCCUUCGCCGCUCGUCCCAGUACGGAUCCUUGAUGCUCCAUCACAAAGGUUGUAUGUGGUGGCAUUCUACCUCGCACUCAAUGCUUGGAGGGUCUACGAAUCCUGGACAGCUUCUGAUGACUUGGACUCCACUUGGUUGUUCCUCAAAUGGGCCGCUAUCGACGGGUUCUUCCUCUUCGGUCUCCAGGCAUUGCGCAUACCCUGGUUGGAAUGGGCUUUCCCUACAACAUUAGCACUGUUCCUGAUCCAUGUGGUGGGCAAUAUCUUCUUGAUGUUCCGCAUUCCGAUUCCCGUCAGCAUAUGGUUCUCGGGAAUGGUGAAAUUGGCCUACGAUCGAGAGCUUUCAAUAUCCGGCCAUAGCGUCAAGCCAGGCGACAUUAUCAACAACGCGUCCCUCAUUUUGGGAAAGCAAAUUGUUCACAUCCUCCCCGAGGGUUCCGCAGUUUUGAACCCAGACCUGGCCCCGCUUUGUCUAGAUGCUCAAAAGACCACCGUGAACCUGCCUAUCCGAGUUAAUCAAACCGAUCCCAUCGUGAUUGAACUGUUGCGUCUCGAUUUUAACACUGGCGAGAAUGAAACGAUUUCAAUUCCUUCCAAACAAUUGAAGCAGUUGAAGCGCCAGGCAGACAAGAGCCUUCCCGCCUCAAGCCCCAUUCUUCAUCGUGACCUCCUUUUCCCGGUUCGCCAACCUGGUAUAUACCGUCUACAGCGAGUGGUCGAUGAAUCGAGCCUGGAAGUCCGUGUGCGAAGCUCCGAUACUCUUGUUGUCUCUUGCCCUCGUGCCCUGAUUAAAAAUUCGCACACCCAUAAAUGCCGGGGAGAACUAUCAGACUUUUUGCUGUCAGUCGAGGGUACUCCGCCGCUAAAAAUCAAGUACAGCAGACAAGUGAACCAUCUUGAUCGAGGGUUUUCUUUCCAAAAUAUUCAACCUGAUCAUUUGCGGACUCCCCUCCUGGGCCAGAGGGCCCUUGGACGAUUGUUCGAUGCCCAGGAACCCGACAUUGCGUGGGCCCAAAGCCAAACCAUUGAAAUUCCGCUGAACGAGUCUUUGAAUGUGGGAGGGGACUGGCUUUACAUGAUCGAAGAGGUGCAUGAUGGCUGCGGCAAUGUAGCCAAUUAUUCAAUGCUUCUAGAAGAUACUGACCGACAGUCGACGAAGUCAUUGUCGCAAUGGCAUCAGUUCUCAGUUCACGAAAUACCCCGAUUAUCCUUGUCAGGCUGCAGUGAUCAGCAGUUUAUUGAAGUUGCGCGGGGAGAGAACGUACCUCUUCCCGUCAAAUUCCAUGAUUCCGGUAAGGGAUAUGCGAAGGAUGGGCCAUUCUCCCUCAUCUACUCGUUCGGCACAGAUAGCCAAGUAAAUAUGGAUGAUCCGGCAAGCACAGUUCGCCAGCUUUCGCUCAAGACUAUCGACCAGAAACCGUUGGUUAAAGACCCGGGCUGGUAUAACCUGAAGUCAGUUGCCAGUCAAUUUUGCUCCGGAGAAGUCCUAGAACCCUCAUCUUGCUACUUGCGUAACCCUCCAGAGCCGGAGUUGUCGGUCAAGUACGAGAAAGUUUACGACAAAUGUGCCAACAGCCCCGUCGGAUUGCUUGUCGAUCUGGAUCUUACAGGCUCCCCGCCGUUCAGGCUUCGAUAUUCUAUUGAACACUCCAAGGGCGUUGAAACCAGGUUACAGACCAUCGAAGGUUUGCGUGCUCAGCUGGACUUCACACCCUUAGAGGCCGGCCACUACCGGUAUCGCUUUUUGGAUAUUUCGGACACUGUCUACGCGGCCCGCCCGAUAGACGAUAGGGUUCCGGUUCUCGAGCAGGACGUGAAACCGCCCGCCUCUGCGCACUUGGUUGGGUCCAAAGCAGUGCGCAAGGCUUGCUUUGGUGAACCUAUCUCUGUAGAUGUUGCUUUCUUGGGAGAAACACCCUGGACGCUACAGUAUGAGCUUAUCCAUAAUGGCAAGAAAACAAAACACGUCUUGGAGUCUGACAGUGCAACUUCCACCAUUGUGACUGAGAAGCUUGUGAGCGGUGGGGAGUAUACUCUUGUUCUGACAAGCGUGAAGGAUCGAUCGAAAUGCAAACGAACUCUCAGUGAAAGCAUUAAAAUCGACGCACGGUCCAAACCACCACAUGCGUCCUUCGGCCAGAUCGAGAAGAGCAGAAAAUACUCCGCUUUGCAAGGUUCCAAGGUCGACAUCCCCAUGAGACUCAGUGGCGAACGCCCUUGGACUGUACAGUAUAAGAAUCUGAAUCGAGGUUCUUCAGUGGUUGAGAAGACCCUCUUUGAAGAAAACAGCGUUUUGACUGUAGCCGAAGAGGGAACGUACGAACUUGUUGGAGUAACUGACGGUUCGUGCCCAGGAUCCGUCGAUCAGACAGCCAAUAAAUUCGAAGUUGCUUGGAUACCCCGACCCCGAAUCACCGAGGUUAAUGGCUCUCCUGUGGGCAGAGAUGGUCGGGUUGCCAAGGGUGAUGUUUGUCAAGGGGAUGGGGAUAGCAUUGAGCUUCGACUCACAGGAAAUCCACCAUACGCUAUCCAGUGCGAACAACAGAGGAAAGGAUCCCGUGGUUCUUCUUCAACUCGCGUCCGAACUUUGAAAACAGCCUUGCACGCGCUCUCAAUGGAAAUGGAUACGGUUGAACCGGGUGACUACACAUACAAGUUCAGAGAAGUUGGUGAUAGCUUGUACAACAAUGACCCACUGGGCAACGAGGUAGUAGUAUCCCAGAGAGUGAACCCACUGCCGUUAGCCCGGUUUGACGCUCCAGGACGCAUCUAUGGCUUCUGCAAGGAAGACGACAGUGGUGAGGAGUUGAUACCACUCACACUCGAAGGUGUUCCACCCUUUGCGCUUGAGAUCUCAAUUAAGCACUAUGCAAAAGCAAAGCCAGAGAUAGUGUCGAUCCCAAACAUCAGUUCCAACCGACAUAAUCUCCCUAUCCCCCGACGUCAUCUCGAUUUGGGCCAGCAUGUUGUCAGCAUUCAUAAAGUGCGAGAUUCACGCGGCUGUCGGCGAACCUAUACUGCAGAACCCUCGUCUGUAAGAGUUGCGGUUUCGGAUGUGCCUACAAUUAUCCCACUCGAAUCCAAAUCCGACUACUGUGUUGGCGAGCGACUGUCGUUCUCUCUUUCUGGACACGCCCCAUUCGAAGUAUUCUACACCUUCGACGAUGUUGCUAGAAAGGCUUCCUCUAGUACGAACAACUUCCGUCGUAUUGCCGAAAGACCAGGCGUUUUCAGCAUCACAGCCGUCAGUGACGGUGCCAGCGGGAGGUGCAAAGCACACAAGAAUAUCACCAAAACCAUUCACCAGAUGCCUAGCGUUAGAAUUAGCAAUGGUCAAGUGUCCAUUGUAGAUAUCCACGAAGGUGGUGAAGCAGAGCUCCAGUUCGAGUUCUGGGGAACACCGCCAUUCGAAUUCACGUAUAUCCGGAGCUCGAACACUCGAAAGGGGAAGAAACCUGAAAUCCUCGACAUUAAACAUGACGUUUCUUACGAACAUAAGAAGAUUAUCAAGACAUCUGACGAAGGUACUUACGAAGUUGUAGCGAUUAAAGACAAGUUCUGCUCUUUUUCCGCCCAGGCGUCAAUAGACAAGCCUGAGAGGGUAACAGCGGGAUCUUAAACGGUUGAAGGAGUCUAAUGUGAUCUAAUUUUAAUUGCUACUUGUUUCCCCUCCCCCCCCCCUCCCUCCUUUAUCUUCCCUCUCUUUUGAUCUAUCUAUCCAUUUCAUUUGGAUUCCAGUAUAUAGCAUUGCAGGCGCUACCAGGUAUUCACUUCAUAUGACAUCCAAGACAUUACACAAAGUUUCAAUCCUCAGGAA